AUGGGGAUUUCUCCGUGCUCCCGAACCCUGGGGCACGGGCAUGUAGUCAAAAGUGUAGCUCAUAACGAUGUAAGUUUGAACAACUGGGUCUUUCUGGAUGGCCAUUCAGAACUAAAGGUGGUUUGUAAGAGAAUGGACUUGGUUUGCCAGCGAAUGCUAAAUCAGGGAUUUCUGAAAGUGGAAAGAUACCACAACUUGUGUCAAAAACAAGUUAAAGCUCAGCUUCCAAGACGAGAGUCAGAAAGAAGAAACCAUUCUUUAGCUCGUCAUGCAGACAUCCUUGCUGCUGUAGAAACGAGACUCUCUCUGUUAAAUAUGACUUUCAUGAAGUAUGUGGACUCUAAUCUCUGUUGCUUCAUACCUGGAAAGGUAAUAGACGAAAUUUAUCGUGUGCUAAGGUAUGUAAACUCUACAAGAGCUCCUCAGAGAGCUCAUGAAGUUCUUCAAGAGCUAAGGGACAUUUCCUCCAUGGCUAUGGAAUAUUUUGAUGAGAAGAUUGUUCCAAUACUGAAAAGAAAGAUGCCUGGAUCAGAUGUAUCAGGACGCCUGAUAGGAACUGCCCCAGCUCCAGGGCCUUCUACAGCACUGUCAACAAUGCAGCUCUUCUCCAAGCAGAACCCUUCCAGACAGGAAGUCACCAAACUCCAGCAGCAAGUAAAAGUGAAUGGCACGGGGCUGACAGCGCUAAAGCGGGAAAUCUCAGAGCUUCGCAUCAAAGCGCAAGAGCAACAGAAACAACUCCAAGAUCAAGAUCAGAAACUGCUAGAGCAAACCCAAAUCAUAGGUGAACAGAACGCCCGAUUGGCUGAGCUUGAACGCAAGCUGCGAGAGGUGAUGGAGAGCACAGUAGGAAAUUCUUCAGGUUCUGGCUCAAACGAACAAUCUCCUAGAAAACGGAGGAAGGCAGUUGAAUCCACAGACUGUCCUAGGAAAUCUAAACGCCUUCGAAACAGAAAAUAACUUGGGAGUAAAUGACACCUUCAGGAGGAUACACUGCUUUAGUAGCCCAAGCAGGUCUGCUCGUUUGGAUACUGUAAUUAGCUUCAUGGUGUCACUUAGGCUGCUGGCUCUUCAAAACACCACUUAGACUUGAACAGUAAUUUUCUUUCAUUGAGACUUUUCCCCUGCUUUCUCUAUUGGUGGACCUAAUGCUCAGAAUCUUUAAGGUUUGCAAUAGAUACAUACUAACCAGACCUGCUCUGUUAUGUUUUGAAG